GAGCCUUGCAUUCGCAUGGCGUAACGAUUCACGGAUCGUCAUUAUUUGUAACCAUAGAGCAUGAAUUACCCCUUGAGGUCAUCAGUGAGAAUUUACGACUGGUCAACAAAAGCACGUGAUUCCGACUCGCACCCCCCAUAUUUGGCCGCAUACAUAGAAGCGAACGAAGUACAGUCAUUUCUAUAAUUCAUUAAUAUAUCAUAAAUCGUGUAGGACUGGGUUAUAACGACUAACAGCCACAAAUCAACCCAAAAAAACCCAAAUGAGCUCUUACUUUGUAAACUCAUUCUCCGGUCGCUAUCAAAAUGGCCCGGAUUAUCAGUUACUUAAUUAUGGGUCGAGCAGCUCCGAGAACGGACCAUACAGGGAUUCAGGCACCAUGCAUACAGGCUCUUACGGCUACAACUACAAUGGUAUGGACCUUAGCAUCACCCGUUCAGCUUCAUCUAACCACUUUGGGGUGGUUAAUACAGAGAACUCGAGAAGCUAUCCUUCAGCUACAGAAACCAGGUUCAGGCAAACAGCGAGCUGCACUCUGUCAUCUCCAGAACCCCUCUCUUCUUCCGGCAAGGACACUCACGGAACCAAGGGUCCCCCAGCCGACCCGACUACCUCCUCUAGUUCAGCAAGUAAUUUUACAGAAAUGGACGAGGCCGGAGCAUCUUCAGAUGCCGAAGAGGGCACUCAAGCCACCAACAACAGCCACACCAGGACACAGCAAGAGCCAACACAGCCAACCACACCAGAACAGCAGCCACAAAUAUUUCCUUGGAUGAGAAAACUACACAUUGCACACGAUGGUAUGGGUGGACCCGACGGGAAAAGAGCCAGAACCGCUUACACCCGUUUUCAGACACUGGAAUUAGAAAAGGAGUUCCACUUUAACAGAUAUCUAACCCGACGGCGGAGGAUAGAGAUUGCUCACGCUCUGUGUCUCUCUGAGCGGCAGAUAAAGAUUUGGUUCCAGAAUCGCCGGAUGAAAUGGAAAAAGGACAAUAAGCUGAAAAGUAUGAGCAUGUCGGCCGGGACAAGCGCGUUCCAGCCCUAACAAAAUAGCGGGCAAAACACGAAAGGACACCGCACAUCAGUACUGUACAGCCAGACACCGUCCCUCCCCCCCCCCACCCCCACCUCUCUCCCUCUUUCUCUCUCUCUCUCUCUCUCUCUCUCUCUCUCUCUCCCCACGUGUUGGUAAAUAUUUAAAAAAUAAAUUACUUAAACUUUUUUUCUGCGCUCCCGCUAACAAUUUGUUUUCUUCUGUCCUCCAGUGUACCCCUAUAGCUGCUCAUUGCUUGUUGCUGUUACACAUUUGUCUGUCAGUGAACUGUUGGUGCUCUGUUGAAAAAAAAACGUAGCAUGGUCUUUCUUUUGGUGGAUUGUAAAUUGUCUAACUUAUUUAUAAUUGACACGUUGUACAAUUUGAUCUUCCUCUCCUCCCCCGCGUCGAUAAAAUGCUAAAAUCUUUGCUCUUGCACUUUCAACCUUCAAAUGUGUGUGCAUGUAUAUGUGUCUGUGUGUGUGUGUGUGUGUAUAUACAUGCACACACACACACACACACACACACACACACACACACACUCAUUAUAUAUAUAUAUAUAUAUCUUCUGAAAUUUCCUAUCUAUACUGCUGUCCGUGAUUUUAAACAACGUGCAUAUGUGGAAAUUCCAUGUUGAAAGCUAAUACACUUGGAUAGAUUCUGAAUUCAGCCACGAUUAUUUAGUGAGAUAUAAUGGUUGUAAAUAAUAGGAAAAAAUGUUUAUAAUGUUACCUAAUAGCUAGUCUGUAAUGGGACAGAGUGUUCAGUGGCAUAUUUUGUGUAGAAAUCAGCGACGUCCAUCCGACACUAUGUUGCCAACAAGCUCUCUCUCGCUCUCUUUUUUUUUUGUAAUUGUUUGUAGUUCAAUGCGAAAUAAAGUUCAAAGAAAAGUUUCUCAUUACCACCCCUGAUCUCCGUGGCGUAAUAUCUUUACUGUAUUGGAACUGUACUGUAUCUUUACUUGUUUGGAAGCUGACCAGUUUAAACGCCCUCUUGAACCCGAGGAGUACCUAUUGUUAGUCUGGUAUAUAUGGUUAAGGUGUGUGUAACUUCUUGAAUAUUGCCACGUGCUUUGCGAUAUCUUGUCCGCCUGCCGUAUGCAAUGUAAAGGCACAUUAGCAGAGCACGCAAUUACUUUUCGUUAAUUAGCAGCUUUCGAUUGCCUCUCAUCUUAUAUUUAUAAAUAUAAUUCUAUAAAACUGUUCUUAGGGCGGAACGCCGCUCAUCUUCCUUCUUCUAAGCCCCGAACGCAUUCGAACGGCUCUGAGUUUCAACGCGCGAGUUCAACUUGUCGCGUUAUCCUGUAAAUGCGGCAUUUUGUUCAGCGGUUUGUUACAGUUUGGGAUUGUCCUGGCCUUUACUGCAAUACAGCAUCCCCUGUUUAAAUACUACAUCAGGAUUUUUUUUUUGUAGUAUUCGAUGCUGUUCAUGAUUUUUGUUUAAAAGUCUCCCAUCUUGAUUUGUAGCCCAUUCACCCAGAGAGUUAUACGGUGGAAAUUUUGUCUAUGCGAUAUACUACGCGCUUUUGUUAAUUUGGGUGCAACAGGUAACCCCCCCGCCCCAG